GCCACAAAGGCCAAAGUUACAAAAAUUAAUAUUUCUUUAAUGUAAACUUCCGAUCAGCUGUAAAACAAAUCCAAUUCUACGAGACUAUACAACGCACACCCGUAACGCUGCUGCUUCCACCCAACAUGUCAUCGAUUACAUCAAGUGAAUACGGCGAAUUACUUGCAUUUUUCGCCAAUGAAUCAGCGGCAAAUAAUAUCAUCUCGCUUGCGUUAACACAAAUUAAUGAUACCCAGCAGACAUUGCUCGGUAAUAGCGGUGUGCCAACAAAUGCAUUGUCAGAGUUUAAUAUUUACACAACAGCAACAGCAACAACAACAGCAGUAGUCGGUGGAGUUGAAGACAAUGAUACCACACCACAUUAUCUAGGCAUUGUCACACAUACAACCACAAAUACCACAUACCUCAAUGCAAGCGACUUUCUUGUGGAUGAAUUUGUACGUGCGGUCAAUCACAGUGGACUUGUGAUUGUAUCGACAAAACCACGCGUAACCACAGAUGUGCCAUUUUGGCUUAUACUCGCCUACAGUGUCAUAUUCUUCUUUGCCAUAAUUGGCAAUUUGUUGGUGAUUUCGACAUUAAUACAAAAUCGUCGUAUGCGUACGAUAACAAAUCUCUUUCUGCUGAAUUUAGCAUGUUCCGAUAUAUUACUCGGUGUCGUCUGUAUGCCGGUCACAUUGGUGGGCACGUUGUUGAGGAAUUUCAUAUUUGGUGAAUACUUUUGCAAAUUCAUACAAUUUGCUCAGGCAAUAUCCGUCGCUGUCUCCUCGUGGACCCUGGUAGCCAUAUCCUGCGAACGCUACUAUGCCAUCUGCCAUCCGCUAAGGUCGCGUACUUGGCAAACGCUCAAUCAUGCGUAUCGCAUUAUAGGCACCAUUUGGGUUUGCAGCCUAAUUUGCAUGGCGCCCAUAGCGAUAUUUAGCCAAUUGAUGCCGACCAGUCAGGGUCUACGCAAAUGCCGCGAACAAUGGCCUGCCGACAGUCUCGCCUACGAGCGUUCCUUUAAUAUUUUCUUGGACCUCGUCUUGCUCGUGCUGCCACUGUUGAUACUCAGUUUCGCUUAUAUAUUGAUUACACGCACCCUCUAUGUGGGUAUGCAGAAUGAACGUGCCAUGAUUUUUGGUAGCGUCGAACCGAAUCCGCCGUUAGGUGGUGGUGGUGGGGGUGGUGGUUUGUGUGGAGCAAGUCUCGAUGGUGGUGUUGUUGCUGGCGGCAAUGGUGGUAAAUUGUGCACUGAGCUGGAUGUCUUAACCAGCGCUUUAGUACCAAAUACUGUUACAACAGCAAAAACAACAACAACAACAACAGCAACAAAGCCGUCAAGCCGAUUUCAAUUCAAUGUUUCAUUUCGCGUGCGUGGGCAUAGCACUUGCAUUGCUACAGCUAAUGCCACUGAUGAGUUUUUCGACACACAGCAGCAGCAACAGCAACAGCAACAACAACAACGUAACAGCGCGUUGAAAAAAUCGAAAUCACACAGUCGCCAGUUACAGCAGCAAAUUUUGCAAGAACAACAGCAGAAACAAUACGCGGAGCAGAAUCAACAAUGUUACGAUGACAUUGUCACAACGCAGGCAACAACAGCAACAGCAACAGCAACAGCGACAUCAGCAGCAGCAGCAGCGGUAGCAGCAACAACAACGGCUGGUGCAACACAUAAACGUAAACUGUUGACGGCGACAGAUGGACGACGUCAUUUGUAUUGCAUGCAUUCCGGUUCGAUGAAAUCACUUAAUCACAACAACAACGAUCGCAAUGGUGGCAUGAGCAGCAUGACCAGUUGUGCUGGUGGCAGUAGCAGCAGCACAUCACCCACACCAUCGAUGACGGUGAUUAAUGUGCCGCAACAACAGCAGCAGCACCAGCAGCCGCAACGUUUCAAGCUUUAUCAACAACGUCAUCAAAGUCAACAGCAACUGCAACAGCAGCAGGCAAUGCAAAUGUACAUGCAGCAAGAUAUUGAACGGAGUAAAUCAACAUCGACGCCCAGCCUGCGGUUACACGACACCGCCUUGAGGAGAUCAAAUCGAACGAAAAGUUUGGAGAGUAAGAAACGUGUCAUCAAAAUGCUUUUCGUACUCGUGUUGGAAUUCUUCAUUUGCUGGACACCGUUAUAUAUCAUCAAUACCGUUGUCAUGUUUAUGGGACCCGUGAUUUACGAAUAUGUUGGCUAUAAGUCAAUACCAUUCUUCCAAUUGCUCGCCUACUCCAGCAGCUGUUGUAAUCCAAUUACAUACUGUUUCAUGAAUGCCGGCUUUCGACGCGCCUUCCUCGACACCUUCAAGGGUUUGCAAUUGAGUGGCGGUGGUUUAUUUCGUCGAAAAAACUCCUCCAAUCACUCGGCAGCGGGAAACUCAAUUAUAAUGGCGAAUAGCGGCACAAUAAUGACCACGAACACCGUGUUGGACAGUCCGCGACUCUGAGGGCAGAAGCGACGCCGUCAAGGGCAGAAUGCAAAUUUCAAGUGGCAGCGACAGAUGUCUGAUUCGGUAUAGAGAAUGGCUGAUGCUGUUAAAUCUGCUGGUGUGUGGGUGUGUG